AUGAGCAGGCCAAAAAUCAAACCCGAUUGUACUGAAUUGAUUGCAGUACAUGGAGGUGCUUGUGCUAAAUAUGAUCCAAGUUUGUCGGAAGAUUGUCGUUAUGUGUGUGGUACAGGCUCAGUCGAAAAAGCUUUGACGGACUUUGAAAGAAUUGAAAAAUUCAACUGUGGAUUCGGUUCACAUUUGACUAUCGAUCAAGAAGUUGAAUGUGAAGCCUCUUAUAUGUCAUCCAAAAAUAUGAGCUUCGGCGCUGUUGGUGCUAUGUCAAACGUUUUCCACCCAUCACGUGUUGCGCGACAUCUUGCUCAUAGUAACUGGUGGAAACAACGACGUCUGCUUCAUCCUCUCAUACUUGUUGGUCGCGGAGCAGAGAAAUAUGCUGUUAAAAAUGAUUUCCCAACGUGCAAUCCAGAAGAACUCAUCUCAAACGCAGCGAAAGACAGCUACGAAAAAUAUCUGCAUCGAAUGCUUCACCCUUAUGACACUCAUGACACUGUAGGAGCUAUUUCAAUUAACACAAAUACAAUGGAGGCCGAGUCCGGUACAUCCAGUGGUGGAAUCGUCUUGAAACAUUCAGGCCGGCUUGGUCAUAGCUGCGUGUAUGGCAGUGGCACGUGGUCAGAAAGAAGGCAGUACGAAGAACCUUUUGAUCAGUUCAGCGAGCGAACAAUUUCGAUUUGUUCAACAGGUCAUGGAGAAUCUCUUGUCAAGGCUGAUUUCUGCCGGGGAAUCGCCACUAGAGUUUUAGACGACGAAGAAGGAAUUAUGUACAGCGAAAUCAUUCGAGAAUUUAUUCGGGAGAAAAUGGAGCCAAGUGCGCGCUUCGGUGGUAUCGCUCUAAUCGUCGACAAGUUCAAGGAGCGAAUGUCUUUAGAGUUUUUAAUUUUCCACAACUGUCGAUAUCUUCCUGCAGCAGUUCGUGGAAGAAAUAAUCAAAUUCGUGUGUUCGAAUCAAAGUUCGAUCCAGAUAAUUGCACUGAUGACAAAUUUGUAAUUGAAUCUUUCAAUAUGUAA